UAACACCUCGCACACACACACACACACGCGCAGUUGACUCGCACAGUGGCUUGAGUUCUAGUUCCUGGGGACACAUCGUCGUAUCUACACACGAGGACACACUGAUGGCUGGCUACCUAACGUGGGCAGUGCUGGUGCUGGUGGCUCUCUCUUCCUCACAUGCUCACUCUGAGAGAAGAGGUAUGAGUGACCCCUUGAGUGACCCCUUGAGUGACCCCUUGAGUGACCCCUUGAGUGACCCCUUGAGUGACCCCGUGAGCGACCAUUUGAGUGACCCCUUGCGGACCACCAGAGAGGCUACUCAUGCCAGAUUCCCGCGAGAUAUCAAACCUGUCGUCCUCGGAGGCACUGACGCAAAGAAAGGCAGCACGGGAGCAACGUUUUCCCGCGGUCAGAGGAGGCCUACGGUGAGAUUUGGCACCAAGAAAAGGCCUACAUUUGUAUUUAUCUAGUGGUCACUUGUGUACACCACAACCACUGUAGCUUCUCAGUAACUGACACAGUUCCUGCUGCUGUAUUCCGCAAAAUUCCUGGAUCACUGCUGGCCAAUCUUCCUCCACUAUCUCCUGAAUGUCUGUCAUAUAUUGAGAUUUUGUAUAAAACAAUGUACUAAGACGUGAAUGUGGCGCCACAAGGCAGUUGAUAUAUGGGUUGCUAAAUGUUGCCUGUGAAAUAAAGCUAAAAAAAAUA